UGACCGUUGCAGUGUAAACAUCUGGCGUUUCUCGUGCUGCCAACCUAGCGAGCUGUGGGUCUGGGCAGCGGUUAUAAAAAGAGCCGAUUUUCCCAGAAUCCCCUUAUUCGUGUGUGAAAAUCUCGUUCGACACAUCGUCGCUGUGCAAGUUUGUGAAGCUUUUUCCAUUGAAACCCCACCAACACCAACACCAACACCAGUAUGACCGGUCGCGGCAAGGGAGGCAAGGGACUGGGAAAGGGAGGAGCCAAGCGUCAUCGCAAGGUGCUGCGCGAUAACAUCCAGGGCAUCACCAAGCCCGCCAUCCGCCGUCUGGCUCGCCGUGGCGGCGUGAAGCGUAUCUCCGGCCUGAUCUACGAAGAGACGCGCGGUGUGCUGAAGGUGUUCCUGGAGAACGUGAUCCGCGAUGCGGUCACCUACACCGAGCACGCCAAGCGCAAGACGGUCACGGCGAUGGAUGUGGUGUACGCUCUGAAGCGCCAGGGCCGUACGCUCUACGGAUUCGGAGGUUAAGAAGUUUGCUGUGUGCUAUUGCGCGUCCGCGUGUGUGUGUGUGUGUGCAUGUGCCCAGUCGCGGGACCGUGCGCGCCGCACGCGCCGUCGCCAUCACCCCUCGCUCAUCUCGAAACCACCACGGAUCAUCGGCAUACAAGAAAAACGGCCCUUUUCAGGGCCACUGAUUGAAUUGCAGUAAAAAGAACUUCUCUAUCGUUCAUUCCAAUUGGUUCAAAAGGGGGGUUGUGUGUUCAUAUUCAUUGUUUUAUUACAGCCACAUCGCCGGUGAAGGUGAUGCGAAUAUUCGCAAGCCAUUUUUGGUUUGUGCAAAGAUGGCGGCGAAAGCGUCAUGUCUUGCUUGGGAGGAGAAAAUUCUGAUACACACUCUCAUCUAUAGCUACGUACAAGUGUGUGUGUGUGAAAGGCUUCAGCGAAGACUGGAAAAGCAGCAUCAUCAUCGCUUGCACUAUUGGAGCGGUCUACCGUUUGCAUUUGUCCCUUUAAUUUAUUCAGUUCAUUUUAAAUAAAGCGCCAAUCAUACAAA